UCGUGAACGCAGCCAUAGAACUGUAUCUCUCGAAUCGGGAUGACAGAUAUCUUAAGUACUUCUAAAGUCGAAUUUCAACGCUUAACUCGAUUUACAAGAUCGACUGCCGCGUUUUUCUGUUUUUAAAGCAGUGAAUUUGUGUUUGUAGAGCAGAGAAUUUGUGUAAUUAAAAGAACGUAUACUUAAGGCUUUGCAUACAAUGGAGGAAAUAUUGGGAAUAGGAAUAAAUAUUGAGAUUUCAACCUACCAGAAAUCACGUACAUUCCGAUGUAACUGGUAAUCUGGUAGAUUGAAAUCUUAAUAUUGUAUUUAUUCCAGUUCUUAAUAUUUGUUUCUUAAUAUUUCUAUUGUGCGCAGACCCUAACGCUGUAUCGCGAGCGAGAUAUCUUAACCUCUAAAGAACUUUAACGCUUAAUAACUUGAUUCAUGAGGUUGAUCGCCGCGUUUUUCUGCCAGAUUCUUUCGUUUUAAAUGAAUACGCGUCGAAUGAGUACAUUUUUAUUACGAUUUUAAGGAGAGGAAAGUUUACAAAUUAAAAACACUUGUUCACAUAAUGGCUGGAAAUUGUAAGAGAGUAGUAUUGUGUAAAGGAUUAUCUGAAAAGAGCAAUCAGGAAACAUAUAGCAAGAUAUUGGAAUCAGCUGGUUAUAAUUGCGAAUGUUUACAAACUUUGAAAUUCGAAUUUGUGAAUAUUUCGGAUCUGCGAACAUGUUUGUCAGUAGCUGACAGAUAUAGUGGUUUAAUAUUAACUAGUCCUCGUACAGUUGAAGCUGUUGCAUUGGCAGUAAAAGAAGAUACUAGUAUUCUGUAUCAUUGGAAACAGAUGCCAACGUACUGCGUGGGAUCUAUGACGGAAUCUCUCGCAAGAAAUCAACUUAAUUUACAACAUUGUGUAGGCAGUCAGUCUGGUAAUUCAAAGCAACUGGCUGAAAAAAUUAUUCUUGAUAUAAAGAAAGAUUCCAAACCAUUAUUGUAUCCAUGCAGUGAAAUUGCACGUGAAACUAUCUCUUGUACUGUCAGAGAUAGUGGAAUUUCAAUAAAAAAGAUCAUAGUUUAUAGAACAUUAGAGAGCGAAACUCUUGAACAAGAAUUACCAAAAAUGCUUGAGAAAUCUCCUAGUAUAUUUGUUUUUUUCAGUCCAUCUAUAGUUGAGCAUAUUACAGCGCAACUUAAGAGAAAUUUCUAUAAUGUCAAAGAUAUAAAAGCAGUAGCAAUAGGACCUGUAACAAAAGAUGCAUUAAUUGAUUCUGGUUUCAAUGUAUAUGCCACUGCAAAUAAACCUGAACCAGCAGCUUUGAUGCAAGCGAUCACAGCUGCUGAUUCUAUAGAAAAUUUAAAAAAGAAUAAUUGAUGAAAUAAUAACAUGAUGCCUUUUGGGUUGUUUGUCAUAAAGAUUGAUCAUGAAAACUAGAUCGGCAAACUAAAUUGGUGCGCAGUUUAUACACAAUGCAAUAUGUAUUUGCAUUUGUAUAUAAAUAUUAUCAAGCAUCAAGAUCUGCUUCGACCGAAUAUGGAAUUCUCUUUUUUUGAUUUAAAUAAGAAUGAUCGAGGAAAAUAUUAUAUACUGAUAU